GAAAGGGUAAAUUCGUCAAAAAAAGCUCUAUAAACCCUAAACCCUCACGUCGGCCCCUUUCUUCUUUCUCCAGUCGACAUAGCGAGAGACGAACAGCGCACAAGCAGCAUCCUUUGUUCCCGGCUUUUCGCCUAAACUCUCUUAGGAUUUUGUAAGAAAUGGAACACGGGUCGUUGACUGAUCCCAGCCAAUCCACAUUUUCUUUGGUUGACGAGGAUCACACAUUUGCAAAUGCCGUCAGGUUCACUUUGAACCAGGAUCCAAGGACAAAAUUUUGUGGGUACAGCAUUCCUCAUCCAUCGGAUAACCGAGUUAAUAUUAGAAUCCAGACAACAGGUGAUGCAGCAAAAACCGUAUUCACAGAUUCAUGUCAGGAUCUCAUGGUGAUGUGCCAACACGUGAGGAGCACUUUUGACAAGGCUGUUGUUGAUUUUCGAAUGAGUAAAUCCGUAAAUGGCAUGGAUAUCGACUCAAAUAACUAAACCUCGACAUCGGAUUAAAGUUGCCAAACCCAAUGGUCGGACCAGAUUGAGAACGAAACUUUGGGUGUUGCAGGAUUUUUGUGUCUUUAAAUUUUAUGACGGUGUUGCAUAUGAUGAUACAUAAUAUUUUCGUACCCUUUUCCUUGUCUAUUUCUGGUAAAAUAGGUUGGCAUGCUUUCUGAA